AUGUCUGAGGACUCCAUCAAGACCUCUUUCCCUAGCAUGGCAGAUGAAAAGGUCNUCUCGAGAUCACAGACUCGGACGGACAAUGGCGUGNGGGAGAUACAAGAUCUAAGUCAGCUCGGCUACAAGCCCGAGAUGACAAGGAAUAGAUCGAUGCUCACACUCUUGUUCCAAUCUCUGGCCAUGGCUGCUAUUCCUUAUGGAGAAGGCAGUCCACUUAUGAGUGCUAUCUAUGGCGGUGGCCAAUUAUCCAUCUUUGUCGGCUGGAUAGUCGUGUGCAUCCUAGACGAGUAUGCAAUCUUCACCUUCUACCUCUGUCCUCCUGGAUCUGAAACUUCCCGUUACCCAACCUCUGCCGGCCCCUACUAUUGGACUUUCCAACUGUCUUCUCCUAAAGUCCGCACCGUGCUCUCUUUCAUCAACGCUUGGACAUGGUUGAUCGGCAACUGGACCAUAACGCUAUCCGUGAACUUUGGGUUCGCAUCACUUAUAGUAGGAGCGGUCGGGAUGUACCAUCCAGACUACGUAAUGACGAACUGGGAACUCCUUUUGAUCUUCUACGCGCUGGUCAUUGCAACCUUACUCAUCUGCGCAUUCGGCAAUAAGUUCUUACCCUUGGUCGACACGAUAUGUGCUGCAUUCACAGCUAUCAGCAUCCUUAUUAUCCUCAUCGCGCUGUCUACGAAGGCAGAUGCAGGACGUCAUUCCGCCUCUUACGCUCUUUCACAUUACGACAAAUCGUUCUCGGGUUAUGGCGGUUUCACUUUCUUCAUCGGGUUGUUGCCAGCAGCAUAUUGCUUCGCUGCUUUGGGCAUGAUUUCCUCAAUGGCAGAGGAAUGUGACAACCCUUCCGUCAAGGUACCUAGAGCAUUGGCUCUUUGCGUCCCAGUAGGUGGGUUUGCAGGUCUAUUCUUCGUCAUCCCCAUCUGCGUUCUCCUUCCCGACCUCGCGGAGAUUGUCGAUGCUCCUGCUGCUCAAGCAUUGCCUUUUAUCUUCCACAAGGUCAUGGGAACGCCGGGUGGUGGUUUGGGACUGACGUUCUUGGUCUUGUUGAUCACACUGUUUUGCAGCAUCAGCAUUACCACAGCGGCGAGUAGAUGUACGUGGGCCGUAGCGCGUGACCACGCAUUGCCUNUUGCUGGAACGUUCGCUGCAGUGAACGAGAAGCUGGGGAUGCCACUUAACGCCAUUUUACUUGUCACGCUAAUCCAGUUGUUGCUGGGCUUGAUCAAUCUCGGCUCUUCUUCUGCAUUCACAGCCUUCGUUUCUGUGGGUGUCAUCGCACUGGCCGUUUCGUAUGCUAUCCCGAUUAUUCUUUCUCUGCUGUCUUCGCGUAGAGAAGUGAACACAGCGAACUGGAAUCUUGGCAAUGCGAUCGGAUAUGUCGUCAACCUCAUCGCGGUAGUGUGGAUCGGAUUCGAGUUGGUCUUGUUUUCUAUGCCUGGCGCGUUACCGGUCACUGAAGUAUCGAUGAACUAUGCCAGCGUCGUCCUUGUUGGCUUUCUGAGCCUGGCGAUGUUGUUCUAUGCGGUUUACGCCAGGAAGAUAUACAAGGGGCCUCCAGAGAGUGAUGCUAUCGAGUAA